AUGAAGCAAACCGGAGGAAAUUACAUCCUCUCCCUUGUCAUGAAUCAACCAACUGCAAUGCCCAAAGAGGAGCUCGCCGCGAAGGGACUUGACCGUGGUAGAGCAUUCGGGGAAGGAUGCGGAGGAACUCAAGACAAAUUCCUCGGUAGCAAAAUUGGGAUCGACGCUAUGAUAGAGGCAGUGAAGCAAACCCUCGAAGAAUUGUCCGAGGGUCGAGACCUGCCUGCAGAACAAGGAGGACUUCUAAUGGGAACCGCGAUAGGCUUUAUGAAAAGCCACGGUCACUCACCUCUUCACGAGGAAGGCUAUCGAAAAAUAGUGCAAGUCGUGUUUCCUCGAUUGGCAAACGUACAAACACCGGCUUACUGGAGCCCUAAAACAAUAUUCGCACACCUGUACUUCAAUCUCAUGAUGAGACGACAGAAACUACCCAGACAGGGCGUAGGCGCGGAGCCACCGAAGAAAAUCGCCCGAAUGGAUCCGUCUGUAGCAAUUCCGGGACCAACAACUCAGACAACACAAAUUUUCCCCGGGCAACACACCACUCAAAUCCAGCCGACAACAAGGGAACAACCAAUCCAGAUGCCAACGGAGAAUCUCAUCGGAGACGGAAACGUAGACAAAUUCUUCGAAACAGUCUUCCCACCUGCCUUUCAAUAA